AUGUGCCGAUAUGGAUGGUCCGGUGGUGCCCGCUACGGGAAGGAGUCGGGCGUCUGCAACCCAGUGCUUCACACUUAUUCCCGACCGGGUAUUUACUUGAAUGGCGCUAUCACUUACGACCAUACAGGAGCGGUGGUAGCGGAGAAGACUCAUAAUUACGAUGAUAUCGUUGAAGCAAUCAAAGUAGUGGAAGGCGUUGAGGGAGUUGUGGUUUUGCUGUAUAACGGCGAUCGAGUUUUGGCGCCCAACACUGGCUCGAAGGAAAUUGAAAAAAUAUAUAAAUCACUACAUACCCCUUGCCCUGAGAACUGCGGUUCCUAUGAGAAUAUGCUCGCUAAGGUGCACGAGGAAGCCAUAUCCAUCCAUCUUAUUCAUUUCAUGUCCCUAGAAGGUCGGAUGAAGGAGAAUGUGCUACGUAAAAUCAGAGAAUUCGCGAAGCGUUCGGGAUGCUCAGCAGCUCAGUCGUUGUGGCGGUCUUGCGAUGUGGUCCCCGCUGGAGUUAAUAAAGGAUUGGGAGUGAAAAUUAUGAAGGAAAAACUAAGGUACCAACGCGUAGUGUGUGUCGGCGAUGCGUUGAAUGAUUUGGAAAUGCUGGAGGAAGCGGAUGUUGCUGUGGCGAUGGGCAACGCCUUGCCUGGAAUCAAGGUUGGUCUACCAAAGAUUCAAAGAAACCGCUUGUCUUGA